AUGUCUGCCCUCGCCAUGGAGUUCUGUAAUCUCAAUAUCUGGAGGCUUGACGUGGCCUGUGCGACACCCCGAGCCCCUGACGGUGCCCUGCCGGUCGCCGCCGCCGCCCGCCUGGUGCUGCCUCACCGCCGGCCGCCCCCGGGACUUGCGCGCGCAGAUCCGCAGGGCGUGGGGCAGCAGGUAGCAGCGCAGCGCCCGACCGAUCGCCGCAACCGCAAGGGUAGGGGCCAGGGGCUGCCUCCGCGCGCCCUGCUGUGCGCAGGCAGGCCGGCCGGCGCCCGGCGGCCGCGCCACUGCGCCUGCGCGGCUCCGCGCGCCCCGCGCAACGCGCUGCUGCCUGCCGCAGCGGGCAGUGGCCGAGGGCCCAGGGGCAGGGGGCAAUCAGGCCUGGGGGGCAGCCGGUCCGCGGUCCGCCACGGCGCCACCGCGCACAGGUGCACGCCAGUCGACCGAGGCAAGCCAAGUGUGAAUCAAUCAACCAAGGCCCGCCCCUGGCUUCAAUGGCUACCUCUCGGUUCUGAGGACAUGUCAGUACGAAGUGAUAAGGCGUUCUCACGCGUGGAUUUUAUCGACCGCAAGUUGUUGUCCAUCCUCAGCGACAUUGCAGGCGUCAUGAUCGAGGGCGGGUAUGAACACGCUCCGAAAAGCAAUCGAUAGACACUCUGCUCAACUUGCCAGGUAUGCUGCUAAUGGGCCAAAAACUGAACCAUACCCACACCAGACCAUUCCAUAAAAAACCAGCGAUUUGAUCCAACCCACCCUGCUGGUCCACCUCUUAAAACCAAACUGAUCCAACUCAUAAAUUUCUCAAGGCUCAAACUAAACCAGACUGUUCUUCCCCAAACGGUUUCAACCGAUUUUCACCGUGGUUUCCAAUCAUUCCACAAAUCCAUCCGAGUGCAGCCUGGUGGGUCUGCCAUUUUGUCGCGCUCCGUAGGUAUGUAGCCUCAUCGCGCACCCACCGCCGACCUGGCUCAUGCGAUCGUGUGCCACGCUGCACUGCAUGUCUGCAUGCGAGCAAGGCGGUGAUGUUGAGGCCAAGCAUUUCCACUGGAUCAAGCCCAUUAGCUAAACCAUGGUGUGCAAUUGUUUGCAACUAGAAAAUCUAAAACUGAUUCCAGAAGCAAACCAAUCCAUUAUGGCUGCUAUCCCAAACCAGACCAAUCCAUUAAACUUUCCAACCUAUUUUCACCCAAACCAUGCAGGCCUAAAUAAGAAACCAAACUAGCAAACCCAGUUUUACACCGAACCAUUACCAGGUUGACCGUAUGCAUUCAGCACAUAGUACAAUCAUCAUCGCCAUGCUCUAGACAUUUUUUUUCUGUUCACGAUUUUCCAUGUAUUUCUAGAAGAAUAUUAGUCGAAUUGCGGCAAAAAGGGUGUAUGUUUCAUAGAAAACAUUCCUCAAAUCGUUUUCUCUUAGAUACUUUACUAAUACUGCACUUCCUUCAGUAUCAGACUAAUCAUAUGAUUGUA